CUCAAGGAAAUGGCGUUCUCAAGACGUGCGUUUUUUAAAAAAAAACAAAAAAAAAAAGAUUACCGAGAGAAGGCUCAAAGAAGUCUUAAGGAACCGUAGGAUUCCAGGUGACCCCAGGGUUAAGAGCCUAUCAGAGGUUCCGAGAGGAAGAAGCCCCUGUCGAGUCCAGCCUUAUCAGCAUAUUUAAGAGGCGGUAGCCCUUCUCCCAUCAUCCCACUGAGACCAGCUCUGAACCUAUUUUUCAGAGAGGAUUUGAGCUUGGCCUCUGGGGCUACACUCCCUAGAGCCAGUUGCUUGAGGGGAACCGGCCUUUGCAGAGAACAGGAUGGGGGGCAGAGAUGGGGAAUGGGGUUGUAGAGGGUUUCAGGUUCUCCCCCUGGGCUCUUGAGUUCUUGGAUGUGAUGGUCUCCUGCCCACCCCCACCCUCACCACCGUGGGCGCACACUCCUACACUUAUGCUCCCUGCAGCGGUACGAGCGUCCCUCUCCAGAGCAGCGCUGACCUGGCCACACUGGCCGCCUGAGCCGCUGUUCCGCGCACAGCAGCAGGAAGUGGUGGGCCCAGGCAAGUGGGUGGGGAAGGGCUCCAGGCUCGUGUUGCAAUCCUGGAGAUUUGUGGUGGUGUGGUUGACGCUGCCUGACCUGCCUGGGGCCCUGCCUUCAAGCACUAUUUCUGCUUCCUGGGACAAUCCCAGGUCUGGAUGCCAGAAACCCAGAAUUCUCGGUGCCUGGGAGAGGCCGAAGGUGGCCAGCUGGCCAGGGGCCGGAGAUGCAGAGCACCAUCAAUUACCUAUGGCACACGGACGACCUGCUGGGGCAGGGGGCCACUGCCAGUGUGUACAAGGCCCGAAACAAGAAAUCCGGGGAGCUGGUUGCUGUGAAGGUCUUCAACACGGCAAGCUACCUGCGGCCCCGCGAGGUGCAGGUGAGGGAGUUUGAGGUCCUGCGAAAGCUGAACCACCAGAACAUCGUCAAGCUCUUUGCAGUGGAGGAGACGGGGGGCAGCCGGCAGAAGGUGCUGGUCAUGGAGUACUGCUCUAGCGGGAGCCUGCUCAGCGUGCUCGAGAGCCCGGAGAAUGCCUUCGGGCUGCCCGAGGACGAGUUUCUGGUGGUGCUGCGCUGUGUGGUGGCUGGCAUGAACCACCUGCGGGAGAAUGGCAUCGUCCACCGUGACAUCAAGCCUGGAAACAUCAUGCGCCUCAUGGGGGAGGAAGGGCAGAGCAUCUAUAAGCUGACGGACUUUGGGGCCGCCCGGGAGCUAGAUGAUGAUGAGAAGUUUGUCUCCGUCUAUGGCACUGAGGAGUACCUGCACCCCGACAUGUAUGAGCGGGCAGUGCUCCGCAAGCCCCAGCAGAAGACAUUCGGGGUAACGGUGGAUCUCUGGAGCAUUGGGGUAACCCUGUACCACGCAGCCACUGGCAGCCUGCCCUUCGUCCCCUUUGGUGGGCCACGGCGCAACAAGGAGAUGAUGUACCGGAUCACCACCGAGAAGCCGGCCGGGGCCAUCGCGGGCACCCAGCGGCGGGAGAACGGGCCCCUGGAGUGGAGCUACGGCCUCCCCAUCACCUGCCGCCUGUCCCCGGGGCUGCAGAGCCAGCUGGUGCCCAUCCUGGCCAACAUCCUGGAGGUGGAGCAGGCCAAGUGCUGGGGCUUUGACCAGUUCUUUGCGGAGACCAGUGACAUCCUGCAGCGAGUCGUCGUCCAUGUCUUCUCCUUGUCCCAGGCGGUCCUGCACCACAUCUACAUCCACGCCCACAACACGAUAGCCAUCUUCCUGGAGGCAGUAUAUGAGCAGACCAGUGUGGCUCCCCAGCACCAGGAGUACUUCUUUGAGGGUCACCUCUGCGUCCUUGAGCCCAGCCUGUCAGCGCAACACAUCACCCACACGACCGCAAGCAGCCCCCUGACCCUGUUCAGCAAGGCCAGUGAGACCCCCAAGGGGCUGGCCUUCAGGGACCCCGCUCAGGACAUCUCCAAGUUCUUCCCCAAAGUGGACCUGCAGGCAGAUUACACCACCGCCAAGAGUGUACUGGGUGCUGGCUACCAGGCCCUGUGGCUGGCACGGACCUUGCUGGCCGGGCAGGAGAUGAUGCUUCGGGGACUGCACUGGUUUGUGGAGACGCUCCAGGCUACAUGCAGACGGACGCUGGAGGUCACACGGAUGGCUCUCCUCUUCCUCAGCAGCAGCCUGGGCACCGAGAGGUUCAGCAGUGUGGCUGGGAUGCCUGAGAUGCAGGAGCUGAAGAGGGUCACAGAGCUGAGGUCCAGGCUGCGGGCUUUGGUGGAGGCCCUCUCCAGAUGCUCCCACAAUAUCACAGAGACCCAGGUGAGCCUGAGCAACCUGAGCUCUGAGCUGGUGAAGAACCGGGAUCAGUCCCUGUCUCCUGCCCACAGCAUCCAGCAGAUUCAGUGUUGUUUGGACAAGAUGAACCUCAUCUACAAACAGUUCAAGAAAUCCAGAAUGAGACCAGGGCUUGGCUACAAUGAGGAGCAGAUUCACAAGCUGGAUAAGGUGAAUUUUAGUCAUUUAGCCAAAAGGCUCCUGCAGGUAUUCCAGGAGAAGUGUGUGCAGAAGUAUCAGACAUCCCUGGUCACGCACGGCAAGUGGAUGAGGGAAGUGCAUGAGACCAGGAACCAUUUGCGCAUGGUCAGCUGUUCUGUGGCUGCCUACAACACAGAAGCCCAGGGAGUCCAGGAGAGCCUCAGCAAGAUCCUCGACUGGUUGUCUCACCAGCAUCUUCAGGACAGAACAAAGGAGGCUCAGGUCUCACCACCCCCCACAGCCCCCUAUCCCAGCCCUGCACCGACAGACCUGGUUCUCCACAUGCAAGAGCUCUGCGAGGAGAUGAAACUGCUGGCCUUUGACCUGCAGGACAACAAUCGCAUCAUUGAAGGGCUAAGUAGGCCCCCAUCGGCUCCUGACUCCUGACAUCUGAGCCCCAUGGGGUGCCCAACAUCCUGAAGCAUUAGAAUCGUUCAAACACUGCUCUCCUGCCUGCAGUGUGGGGCCUAACACAGGAUGAUGUCUGGUCCCGUCUCGUCAGCCUACCUCCCUCCUGGCCAACAACUGGGAGAUGUCACCAGCAUUACCUUCCACUGCCUUUCUGGCAGCAGCAGCACAGCAGGCCCCAGGGCACCAGGCCACCCCUGUCAGGACCCACUGCCUGGGCUGACCUUUGUGUGUCACACAGGCUCAGGUACAUCUCCAUCGCUCCGGCCUGUAUAGCUGAAGCCAGCAGGCCACGGGGAGAAGAGGCUCGGAUCGGCCCGCCCAACCACCUCCUCUGGUUUACAGGGCUUCAAUUCUCAGGGAACAGAAGAGGAGGCCUCUGGGAAUUUCCCUAGGAUGCUGGGUCAAACGACCUCAGUUCAGUCUUCCUUCCUCUUAAGGGGUUUCACGUUGAACAUCCUGUGAUUUCUGGGAGCCCCCACUCUCAGCCCCAGGCAUUAUAGAGCCUGAUUUUGGGGGUUUGGCCUGGGUGCUAGGUAGGGCCUCAAGGAUCCUCACCUUCCUCUCUCCCUGAGGCACCGCCAGGCUCUGGGAUAUGCAUCCAGCUGUGGUCUACAGGGAGCACAGGCCUGUAAGUCCAGAUCAGAGACCUGUACCCGCAAGAAGUGGAAUAAACAUGGCCUUCUUUUCUA